UCCACUCAUUGUGUUCUGUCACCUAAACUUUAUUUUUUGUUCGUGCGAUGCAUUUCGUUUUAAAUAUCGACAGAACUUAAAAGUUUUUUGACUAAUUGCUAUGCUUUAUAGUUGCAAUAGAUUUGAAUAUUAUUGAGUACAAAUUAAAUAAGUUGGAAACAUCAUGAUGGAGCAGGACGACGAGAUAAAAUCCGGUUGUUUAUUAUUUCCUCCAGCCGGAGGAAACAUGUUCAGUAAAUUUCCUAAGAAGAAAAAUUGGCAACAAAAACACUGUAUACUCUACAAUGCCAGCAAACAAGGCAUUGAAAGAUUGGAAAUAUACGACAACAAGGAAGAUGUUACAGCAGGAUCUAUUCCUAAGAUUAUAACACUUGAAAAUUGCAUAAAAAUUACACAUUCUAGUCCAAAUACUAUUACUAUAUUAACUAAGUCACAUACUCAACAGAUCAGUGCUCAAUCAGAAAUGGAAACCUUAGAAUGGGUCUCAGCUUUACAGUCAGUGGCCUUUAAAAACUCUGAUUCUAUGCCAAUAAGUUGUGAUGAAGAUAAUGACCUAUAUUGUUCAUCAGGUGAAGGAGUGUUUUCUGUCAAAAUGUGCUCUUCCGAUGCAUCAAUAAGAUGCGGUUUAGAGCCAAUUAGAUACCUUUUACUUCUUACUUCAACCGCAAUAGAUCUUCGAGAUGUAAAUGAUAAUAAAUUAUAUGCCACUUGGCCAUAUAGGUACAUAAGAAGGUAUGGUUAUAGACAGGGUAAAUUUACCUUUGAAGCUGGCAGGAAAUGUGAUACUGGGGAAGGUAUUUUCCAUCUAGAACAUCCUAACCAAUCAGAAAUUUUUAAAUGUCUGUCAUUAAAAAUGAAGACAAUGAAGCAAUCGAUUGGUAAUGAUAAUUUAAACAGUCCGGAACAUACUGAGUUUAAUAUUCAACCAAGUGUGAACUUAUUCCCCGGUUCUCGGAGCCCUUUGGUUGCUGCAAGGCCAGAAGAAUUGAAUUUAAGCUCUUUAUCAUUUAAAACAAAUUCAGCAUCAAGUCAACAAUCUUCUACGUCAGAUACGGCGCCUUUACUGAUGCCUAAACCAGCUCUGAAACCGAAACCACAGAAGCCUCCGCGAAAGAUUAUAAACAUACACAAACCAAUCAAGGAUCCCUUGUCAUCAACAGAUGACAGUAUAGAUUUUGGCAGAUACAAAAAACUUGAAAAUUUUGAGACACUUGAAUCCAAGACUCAAUUGCCAUCAGUCCCUUAUGAUAAAGUCGAAGUUCGUAGUGAGGCUUGGAAACAAUUUGGUAUCGACGAUCCAGAUCAUACCGAAUUUACACCUAAUUUGGCCGACAGUCCUAAUUGUAUGAAACUUAUUUCAAGAUCGCAAGAUAAUUUAAACAGCAAUGGUCCUGAAUCUUCCCGAAUCAUUCUUUUACCGUUGAGUCCGGAAGACGAGAAUUAUGACAGGCUGCAGUAUUUUGGCUCUACAAGUAAACUUAACAAGUCUUCGAGAUAUAAAAAAGUUGAAGCACGUCCUACAACGCUUGCGAUCAACGAGUCAAAGAAUAAAGAUACUUGGAAUGAUUAUGAUGAAGUUGAGAAUGUUAUGCAGACAGCGCGAUUGGCUGAUGAUUCUCAUUUGGGAUAUGGUAUGAUACGGAAACCGAAUACUCCUGGACCUCAGGUACCUACUGCGGCACAAGCUCAAGCUUUACAGAAUCAAGUUUCCUUGGAGGACAUCAAUGGUAAUUGUAAUGGAGCGGAGUAUGCAGUGAUAAGCCGUCCUAAAAGGGUAUGAAAUUCAAUUACGAUUAUAUGAUAGAAGACUGAAAUUUUACUUGAAAUUUAUCAUUAUAAGAGAGUGAAAUUAGGUAAAAUUAAUAUUGGCAUGUGAAACAACUCUCAAAAGUAUUAUGAAUAAUAUUUUAUAGUUAAGUUUAUUUUCUAGGAGUAAUUAAAAAUCAUGAUUUUUUUGUACUAACCAUCGUAGGGCUAAUUUCUUUUUUAUGAAUUGUAACCAUUUUAAAAUCUUUAGGUACUUUAGCAUUCCUUAAGCUUAAAUGUUGAUCUAAUUUCUCUUAGUAAUAACUUUUUACAAGCGAUUUUAUGAAUUCAAUAGGUUUUUUUUACUAUGUAGUAUAUUAACAAGUGUAUAGUUGAACACCCUGUAAUCUUGAUAGAGAUUUGUAUUGUGGCUUCAAUUUUUUUUUAAAUGUUUUACACAAUGAAAGGAUAGCAUUUUAUCUCAAAAAAUCUCAUUGGAGAAGCGAAUUUCCAAAUUAAAUCAUAAACUUAAAACAAAGAUAAUAGUAAGAAUAUAGUCAUUAAAAAGAUGAGGUAACAAAUUUCCACAAGUUGCAUAGAAAUUAAUAUAACCUCAAGCAACCUCUUGCUCAAGGAACCUUCCAUCUUGUUUUUUGUAUUUUGACAACUUCAAUUUCUUACAAUUUCGUUUAGUAACAGAUGGUUUUUAAAUGUGCCAUUUUUUGAGGUACAUUAUUGAACAAUUGUUCAAGUUGUAGGUGCUUCAUAAAAUAAUGAAAAGUAUAAGAAUUUAUUAAAAAGUUACUUAGUUUAAUUUUUAUGUGUGUUUCAUGAAAU